CUUAGCAAGCUGCUCUGGCCAGCGCUGCGCGGCUGCUGUUGUGUCCGUGUGUGAGCGCAGUCUAAGCGGAUAGAAGCGAGCGCUGCCGCCGGAGACGAGUUGAUUCCAAUCCACCACCGGAGAUGGAGCUGUCGGCGGUGGGAGAUCGUGUUUUCGCCGCGGAAGCCAUCCUGAAGCGCCGCGUCCGCAAGGGAAGACUUGAAUACCUGGUGAAAUGGAAAGGAUGGGCCAUGAAGCACAGCACUUGGGAGCCAGAGGAGAACAUCCUGGAUGACCGGUUGAUCCUCGGCUUCGAGCAAAAAGAGCGAGAAAGAGAACUGCACGGUCCGAAGAAGCGGGGGCCGAAACCCAAAAGUUUGAAGACUCGUGCGCCCACAUCAGAGACCAGUACUCGGGCAUCCUCAUCCCGCCAGGCGCCGUCUCGCUCCUCCUCAUCUUCCGCACCGAACCGAGCUGCUCCUUCCUCCUCCACGUCUGCUCCCGCUUCAUCAUCCUCUUCUUCCGCCACGGCCCCCUCGCCGAAGCUCAACUCCCUCGCUGCCACUCACAAGCUGAAGAAAGACAUCCACCGAUGCCACCGGAUGUCAAGACGGCCUCUGUCCCGACCAGAUCCCACGGGGUCUGGCUUCCCGGGCGGGGGUGGUUUUCCUUUCCGUCCACACGUCUCUCCGUUUUCAGAGACCGUCCGCAUUCUAAACCGACGGGUCAAACCUCGGGAGGCGAAGAGGGGACGAAUUAUUCUCAACCUAAAAGUCAUUGACAAGCCCGGUCGGGGUGGAUCCACCUCGAGUCGAAGCACGUCUGGAGGACGACAAAACAUCCCGUCCCGCAAUCGUAUUAUCGGAAAGAAGGGUGAGAUUCCCUAUAGACCUUUCCAGGCCGGACUGCCGAUGUAUGGGAAGCCAUUUGGGCUGCAGUGCAUCGGACCGCUGCCUUUUAAUCCUCUCCCAUACUCAACCGUGGGACCUAGGAAUACCUCUACAUCCCCGUCGACCACUUCCAGCCCCCAUAGCACCGCAGCUGAACAGAAGCAGCCCACCACUGAAGCCUUAUCCACCAGCGAAGCUGCAAAACUAUCGGCUUCUUCGGCAGAUCCCAACCCCGCAGCGGCAGCUUCAGCUUCACCACUUACAGAGGAUGGAUCUCCGGUGUCUCCUUCUGAUCCGCCCCGGGGACCCGUCGAGGGCGGGCCGGGCUGGCGCCCUGAAAUGAGGUCAAGUUGCAAGGACGUGGUGGUGACUGAUGUCACUACUAACCUGGUCACUGUCACCAUUAAAGAGUUCCCCGCCACGUCCACCGCUAACCCACCCCCCACUACCCCCGACCCGUCAAAGCCAUAGAUCAGUGUAAUGAAGUAGUCGAGGAAAGGAAAGCAAUGCCACUUCAGCCCUAAGAAAAUUGAACUCUGAAAAGUUACCAUUUAAUCGUUAAAAAGCUCUAUUUUUAAGUGUUUAGAUACGUCUUGUGCACAGAGUAUUGCAUUCAGAAAUGUUGCUUUAUUUAUUUGGGGCUCAGAUUUAGCUUUUAAUGCUGAAAAACCUUGGUCAGAAAAGUGUCCGUACGAAUGCACAUAUGACCCCGGUGCGCCCUAAAUCGCAGACUCAAAACUGUCUUGCCACGAGGCUGCAGCACUGAUUCUCAACUGGCCUGGUUUCACCCCCAAAUGACGAGCCGUGGCCCCAAUAACGAAAACAAGUUGAACCUUAUUCCAUUACAUAUAUACUAAGAAAACAAAUUUGCACAAUCUCAAACACAAUAAAAGAGAUUCAUUAUAUUUUAAUAUAACAAAAGCAGAUUAUUUUUUUGCAAAGCUUUGCGACCCACUUUUCGGGCCCAACCCACCACUUGAUAACCACUCGUUCAAACAACAAAUCCGACGUCAAUUCCUUUAUUUCUCAAGUGAAGGUUGAUCAACUUUUGCUCCUGUUAAGUCAACAUCUAGCGCACUUUAGCCAGCACCUAUCGAGUAUAACUAGCAUCCAUGAGCUAUGUCUUGUACUCCCGUGUCCCUGCACAAGCUAAAUUUCCAAAUUUUGUAACCAUAAAUGAUAUAUAUAAAAACAUGCAUCUAUUUUUUUAUUAGGCCCCUAUCUAAAUGCCAAUUCAUGUAUAUGAAUUCCCUGUCCAAGAUGUUGUUAGCCUCUGUACAGUUGAAUGUUUGUUUCUGUUCUCAGCACUUCAAUACAGUGAGGAAAUUAGAAGAGAAAUUAGAAUCUUCUUUCGUAUGUACAGCAAUGUAAAAGCAAGAGUUAAUGGCUGUUCACCUCUCUUGUCGCCAUUCUGGCAGCCAUGUUUCAGUCCUUGAGUGAUUUCGUGAAGCUCCCGCCGCAUUGAUUUUGUCUCCAGAAGUGACACAAUAAGCUCCUCUAUGUGAAGACAUCGCUAUUAUAUUGAGCUUUCACGGUCUGGAUUCAGGCCGUCGAACAAGAAGAACCUUUUGUUGAGCCGUGAUUUUCAGUUGGAAGGAUGAAGUUGCCGACAUUCUUCGGCAGCGUUAAGUGCUCCUUCUUUUCAAUGCACAUCAGUAGAGCAGCAGCGAUGAGGUUCCUCACACGAAGAAAUCCACAAGCCUUUCUUCUCUUGCAGAAGUUCGGGCAUCUUGAGGGAUUGUCUAUGAAUUUACUAGUUUGUUUUCACUCCAGAACAAGUCUGGAGGUCCCAUGGCAGCUAUUCCUUGGGUCAGUGUUGAAUCCAAGGUCCAUCUGAGUCCGUUCUUCUCAUGUUAAUCGUGGCUGGCGUCGUUCCUCCUCAUCGAGGUGACUCACGUUUGUUUCUUGUGUUGUUUCUUUGUUACAUAUGAGAGAAAGGUGUGGCUUUGCUCCAGGAUCAGAAAACCACAGCGCUCUGUACGCCAUGGAGGGAGGGGCGUAAAGGUGCAGGGCACUUCACUGAAGCCCUAUGGUAGAUGAGUUUGAAGGUCCAGCUUUGUUACUUGGCUGCCUGCUUCCUGAGAAGAGUGAAACCACCAGGUUGCUCUCCUCCAGUCAAUCAUACACAAUGGCCUUCGAAGUUCUACCUGCCGAGGUGAAACAUCGUCUGCUUGUUGUUGCAUCAAACUCCAGUGUCGUGCCCUCGGCUCACUGGAUACACCAGGUGGCGCCCUCUCUGUCGUUGCCAUUGCUGCCACAGAAAAGUCAACAUUUCAUCUUCAAAACAUUCAGAGAGUUGCCUCGCAAUUGAGAAACAACGUGCCUUGUCCAAGCCAACGUUAGCUCGCCUUCAUUCUCGACUGUUGAAACAGUUCACUUGCGCAAGAUGCUGUUUUAGUUGCCCCAGUCCAGCUCUUAUUCCUGGAAAAGGAAUAUUUAGGCCGUAGGGAUGGACACUCGGUCUCGGCUAAGCUGGCAUCCAUGACUAAACUAAGACCCAGCUCGGGUCCUGUCGGACAAAUCUGAGCUCUUCACACCGCUACGUGUCCUUGACUAUCUUGCCUUUUAACAUUUUACAAUGAAUCCCAAUUUUCUUUUCUACUACUGGAUUUUACAGGUUCACUUAUAGCUCUGUAGGGUUUUAGACCUCCAUCCUCCUACCAUCGAUUGUCUGAGGUUGGGGGCGGGUACUUCCCUCACCCCACAGACCUCCAGCUCACCUUAUCGAGUACCAAAGGGUCCCCAAGCCAGCCGAGGAUUUCUCCAACGCGUCUUGUGUUUGCCUCCUGCCGUACCACACGAGAGAGGCGACUGAAUACAAAGCCUGAGCCACCUCAAACUGGCAUCUCUCGACGUGGAGGAGAUGAGUUCCUCUAAACGCGGUAGUCCGCUCACUCUGCAGAGGAAAGUCUGAACGUUAUCCAAGGUCUUGAACUCUUUUGGACCAUUGAAAUACAGGGCUCAUCCCUGGAUUUUUCUCAUAGUUGGUGGUCUCUUUGGAGAGCAGCUCCCAUCCGCUCUGAUGAGGAGAGCAUCAGGACACGUUAUCGUUGGCUGGUGACAUGGUAGCUCUCGCAUUGCGAGUCACGCAUGUCAACAAAAACAGAAUCCUUUGAAUACCAGUGUUCUGGGUCCACGCCAGGGCCUCCUCCCGGCAGGACAUGCCCAGAGCACCGCGCUAAGGAGGCAGCAAGGCUCUUGUGCGGUUCUACUUCGAACCUCUCCCAGUUGACUGAACUCCUCACCUAGUCUCUAGGUCCAAGGCGCCCUUUAUAUUUUUGGUUAGAUGCUAGUGAGCCUCAACCUUACGGCCCAUUGAGUCGUGUUUGCUGCUCCGGUGUGAGCAGAUGCGCAGUCAAGGCCACAUGAACUUUGAAAUCGCUGCAAGUGUCCGACAUCUUUGCUGAAGCUUACAUGGAUUAAUGCCACAACUUUUAUUUUACAGUCCACAAACAAGACCGUUUUUUUACUCUUAAGAAACCCUUAACUUUCAUGUAAAUCAAGACUGUUCUUUUUACUUGCCAUGCUCUUCUUAGGAAUGUAACUUAUAUCAAGGACUACCGUGAAGAUGUGUUUUCCAAGUCGAGAAGUGACCCUUCACGAUGUAGUGGCUUGUUUCUCAACCCUGUAGGGACUUAGCUUUAUUUUAGACAAACCUUUUUAUAUGCAACCUUUAGUGGAAUAUUUGAGGUUUUCUUCAGAUGGGAAGGAGUGAGGAUUCUGUGCUGUUUUUUCCUUGUACUGUUGAGUCACAUCUCUACUAUUAUGCAUACUAAUGUGAUGUUGUUAAGUGAAGUUUUGAAUCCCACACAAGCUGACCGUCAUAUCGUGUCACAGUUCAGCAGUGUCGAGAAAUAUACCCAUGUAAUGUAUGCAAAAAUUGAAAGCAUGUGGUGCUUUUAUUUUGUAUAUAAACGUGCGUUCUGUGUCCAAUAUGUGAUGCUUUUGUGUUACUCUUCUACAAAGCUUUCCAUUAAAGUGAAGAAGCAACGUGUUCAUCUGUGGUUCCUGUGUUCUUCAUCGAGGUCCGAUUCCUUCCAUGCAUCUCUAAUGUAAUAUUAAAUCGCCACAGAACACAGCCAGAUUUAAAAUAUGAUUCAUGGCUUUUAUCGUUUUGUACGGCGAGAAUUAUUAAAUCUAUAAAUCAAGCUUCAGAGUAGACCCUCUGAGGCUCGGCAUUUCCUUCAGUUUAAAGAUUUAUGGCUGAAAAUGUUCAAGGUAUUUCAUUAUUCAGCAAGCUGCUGUUUCCUACAUGUCCACUGGUGGGCGCUGUUGAGCCU